AACACUCCUCAUACACAGAAGAGCAAAUACUUAGGAAGAGAAAUGUAUUCUCAAAGAAAGGGCUGGGAAUGGUCCGUUACAUUGUUGUCACUUGCUGUUGGCGUGGUUCUCACUGGUGCUCAGCAUGAACCAGGCUACUGCUCGUUUUAUGAGGACUGUGGCCUAAACCCUGCUGUAGAGGGGGCUCUUAUUCCCCCUAGGGUACCCUGUAAGGACUACAGAAAAGCCAUUAAUGUGACGGGAGACCACUAUGAACUUUUCAAAUCUGUGUGCCCAAUGUUUGCCAACGGUGAUGGUGAAACACUGGGUUGCUGCUCCAUCAGGCAGCUCACAGCUCUACAGGGCAGCCUGACGCUGUCCAAAGCCGUGCUGAUCCGAUGCCCAUCCUGCGCAGACAACUUUGCACAUCUCCACUGUGCCACCACCUGCAGCCCCAACCAAAGUCAGAUGUUAACAAUCACCAAAACCGCGAACAUCACGCAGCCGUCUGGCAUUGUCAAGGAGGCUGUGGUAGGUUACGAGGCUUACAUAUCCACCAACUUCUCAGAUGCUUCGUUUAGAUCCUGCAGAAACGUACGAAUCCCAUCCACCGGAGGGUUCGCUAUUGCCACGAUGUGUGGCCGCUAUGGUGCGACUCUGUGUACACCGCAACGCUGGUAUGAUUUCCAGGGUGACUCAAGCAAUGGACUGGCUCCUCUGGAUAUUAAUUUCAGGCUCUUGCCAGAAGGACAGACCGCUGAACUCCCACAAGGAGCGUUUCCGUUUGCAGGAAGAGCUUUGAAUUGCAACGAGACGACACCUACAGGGGGUGAGGCCUGUUCCUGUCAGGACUGUGAGCAAUCCUGUCCAGCUGUACCACCGCCACCACCUUUACCAAAACCAUUCAUGAUUGGUAGACUUAACGGCGUCCUUGUCAUCUGUAUCAUAGUCUUUGCCUGCAUCUUUUUCCUUUUUAUGUGUUACUUAGUUUUAGAGUGCACUACCUACUAUCAAAAGUCGAGGAGUGCUCGGAAGGGCAGGAGCACCAAGGAUCAAAACGAAAAUGAGAUUAACCAUAAAAUCAGUCCUAAAGAUGUUAAGUUCUCUGACAAAGCCAGUCUUGCCACUCAGGACUUCCUAGGAUCUCUUUUUCAGACCUGGGGAACCAUAAUGGCACGGUAUCCUCUAUGUGUGCUUCUGGUCUGCCUUGUGGUUGUGAUCGCAUUCACAGUGGGAAUAAAAGACAUAGAACUGACCACAGAUCCUGUCCAGCUCUGGUCAGCACCCGAAAGUCGUGCCAUGCGUGAGAAGGACUUCCAUGAUGCACAUUUUGAUCCAUUUUACCGCACCAAUCAGCUGAUCUUGACCGCUCCAGACCGGCCCAGCCACUACUAUGACUCCUUACUCUUUGGCAAACAGAACUUCAGUGGCAUCAUCUCUAAAGAUUUGAUCAUAGAGCUGCUGGAGCUUCAGAAGAGAAUCCAGGCAAUUGAAUUCUGGUCAGACGAUCUAAACCGAACUGCAAGCCUUAAAGAUGUUUGCUAUGCGCCACUCAAUCCAGACAACCCCUCUUUAACAGACUGUGCUGUCAACAGUCUACCGCAGUACUUCCAAAAUAGCAUGGACAACCUAAACGCCAAAGCAAACAUGACAGAGCUCGGCGUGACUAAGGAGGUGGAUUGGAGGGACCAUUUCAUCUACUGUGUAAACUCUCCAUUAUCAUUUAAAGACAUCACAGCUCUUGGCAUGAGUUGCAUGGCAGACUAUGGAGGUCCUGUCUUCCCCUUCCUGGCUGUAGGCGGAUAUGAGAAUGAGGCAUACACCAUUGCUGAGGCCCUGAUCCUCACCUUCUCCCUGAACAAUUACGGACGAUACGACGUUAAAUUUAAGGUGGUUCAACAGUGGGAAAGCAUGUUCCUCAAAAUUGUCCAGGAAUAUCAGAAAAACCCAAACACAAACUUCACAUUUGCCUACAUGGCUGAGAGGUCUUUGGAAGAUGAGAUUAACAGAACGACUGCAGAGGAUAUCCCCAUAUUCAUGAUAAGCUAUGCUGUCAUUUUCCUCUACAUUGCUGUGGCUCUUGGGGAAUAUUCAUCCUGGAAGCGUAUCCUGGUAGAUUCAAAGUUCUUGGUCGGACUGGGUGGUAUUCUGGUCGUCGGCUGCUCUGUCUUAGCCUCAAUGGGGUUCUAUGCCUGGAUUGGGCUUCCGUCCUCACUGGUCAUUCUGCAGGUGGUGCCCUUCCUCGUGCUUGCUGUGGGAGCUGAUAACAUCUUCAUUUUUGUUCUAGAAUAUCAGAGAGAUAUGCGCAGACCAGGAGAGCAGAGGGAGGAACACAUCGGGAGAGUUCUUGGAAAUGUGGCUCCCAGCAUGCUCCUUUGCAGUUUGUCUGAAUCUGUUUGUUUCUUCCUGGGUGCUUUGAGCACUAUGCCGGCGGUGAAGUCGUUUGCCCUAUACGCGGCAUUGGCUGUGCUCAUGGACUUCAUUCUCCAGAUGACUGCCUUUGUGGCUCUGCUCUCACUUGAUGCUCGACGACAAGAUGCAAACCGUUGUGAGAUAGCUUGCUGUGUUACUGUGACAACUCCACACCCAUCCAAACCCAACCAGGGCUUCCUGCUCCCAUUAAUGAAAAAAUACUACGCCCCUGCACUGCUCAACCCUGUCAGCAGGAUAAUAGUGAUGGUGGUGUUCCUUGUGAUGUUCUGUGCCUCUGUGUUCCUCUUGUUCAAUGUAAAAGUGGGCUUAGAUCAGGAACUGGCCAUGCCAUCUGAUUCCUACAUGUUGGACUACUUCGCAUACCUCUAUAAGUAUUUUGAGGUUGGCGUGCCAACGUAUUUUAUCACGACCAAAGGGUUCAAUUUCACCAGUGCAGAGGGCUUAAAUGCAGUGUGUUCUAGUGUGGGAUGUGACCAGUUCUCCUUUACCCAGAAGAUCCGUUAUGCCACUGAGUACCCUGACCGAUCUUAUUUGGCUAUCCCAGCAUCCUCCUGGGUGGAUGACUAUAUUGAUUGGCUGAACCCUGGUUCCAAAUGCUGUCGUAUCUAUACAACUGGCCCAAACAUUGGAACAUUUUGUCCGGCCAAUGAGACGGGUAUUUUUGCGUGUACCAAGAAGUGUAUGAAAGCCCCCGAAGAUGGGGUUCUGCGGCCUAGUGUUGAAGAGUUUUACAGAUUCCUGCCAGACUUUCUGAGCAACAGACCUGACCUACAGUGUCCAAAAGGUGGUUUGGGAGCUUAUGAUAAAGCUGUAAUUAGAGACAAUGAAACUGGGGAAGUAAUAGCUUCUCGGUUCAUGGCCUACCACACUCCUCUGGCCAACUCGCAGGAGUUCACGGGUGCGCUGCAGAAGGCCAGAGAACUGGCGCGUAAUAUCACGCUGACCAUGAGGCAAAUCCCCGGCACCUCUCCUGACUUUGAGGUCUUCCCUUACACAGUGACGUACGUGUAUUACGAACAGUACCUGACCAUCGUGAAUGAGGGUCUGUUCAACAUUGCCAUGUGUCUUCUCCCCACAUUCUUUGUGUGUUGUAUCCUGCUCGGCAUGGACUUGAGAUCAGGCUUUCUGAACCUGCUCACCAUAGUGAUGAUCACUGUGGAUACGGUUGGCGUCAUGACGUUGUGGGGUAUCGAUUUCAACGCUGUGUCGCUUAUUAACCUUGUGACUGCUGUUGGUAUAUCGGUGGAGUUUGUAUCUCAUAUAACACGCUCAUUUGCUCUCAGCAUUGGCCACACAAAGGUGGAAAGAGCCAAAGAAGCCACAGCUAACAUGGGCAGUGCUGUGUUUGCUGGAGUUGCAAUGACCAACCUACCUGGAAUCGUUGUUUUGGCAUUUGCUAAAGCCCAGCUCAUCCGGAUCUUCUUCUUCAGACUCAAUUUGGUCAUCACUCUACUCGGCAUGGCCCACGGCCUCAUAUUCCUGCCUGUGCUGCUCAGUUUCCUCGGUCCUGGUGUGAACAACGCAGUUCUGCUGCAGAUUCAAGAGAAAAAAGCCAAGGAGAUGGAGCUCAACAGCAAAGCCACAUAUGACAAUGUUAGCUUCGAAAACCAUGAGAAGUCGAACGGCGAAAUCCCCGUAGAGCCUUCGUGUCCAGUAAUGACCGACAUUAUCUUCAACACCACCCAAAAACCCCCCCAAUGGGAUAUUGCCAUAUUGUAGCCUAAGACCUCUUACAAACUGCUCUUCCUCUUUCUUCCAGUUCAUUUACCUAUUACACUGAA